AUGGCGGCAGCUCACGUCACUACCUCUUCGAUACUCUUGUCAUUUCUCCCACGAUUGGCACCUGCAACAGCCACUUUCGCAACGAGAUCAACUACUUUAUACUCGCGACAACUAUCCCAUCCAUUACUUCCAUUACUCGCCAUCCCAUCCGCCAUACAUCUCAAUAUCCCUGGAAUUCUCGAAGGAAUAUGGGACGGAAUAUUGAAAGCUGUACCGAAGAAGAAGACUUCACACAUGAAGAAGAGACAUAGGCAGAUGGCAGGCAAAGGGUUGCAGGAUGUUACCAAUUUGAAUAAAUGUUCUGCUUGUGGUCAUAUUAAAAGAGCGCAUUUAUUAUGUCCUUAUUGUGUUGCUGAAAUUAAGACUUUCUUCAAGACCCACGCACAUGAGGCAAACUUUGCCGCAAAAGAAGCCAGGGCGGACGAAAUAGCUGAGCAAAAAGUAAGAAUAGAGGCAGGACUAAUAAGAGCUGCAGAGGGGAAGACAAAGAAAGAGGCAGAACGGGAGGAGCUGGAAACUAAGAGGAUAGAAAAGAAGGCAGCAAAGGAUGCAGCGAGAGUGAUAUAUGAAAAGAAGAAUCCCAAGCAGAUUAUUGGUAAGAAAUACAUUCCAGAGGUGGCAGCUGAGGAGGGCGUUUUGAGAUAUGGGGACGAGAUCCUGAACAGAGAUAUUCCCUCUGAAGCUGGUACAAAUGGUAUAACUUCUAAACAAUACCUCACAGCACACACGAUCGAUAAUGCCCACAAAACCGACAUCUUCUCCCUUGCCGUAACCUCCACCUCAGUUCUCUCCGCCUCCGGCACAUCCACCCUCAAAGUGCACAGCACGCUCAGCACGCCUCCCUCUCAAACCCAAUCUCUGCCCGCCCACAAACUCGGCUGCCACCACAUCUGCGCCUCGAAAUCCGGGACUGUAGCUGCGUCCGCCGGUUUUGAUGGCACGGUUUGUAUCUGGACGUCUUCAUCUGCCAACCCGGAUUUUGGGACCCAAGCGGGAAGUGGAGAAUGGUCGCUUCAUGGUCAUGUUCUCGAUGGUAAUAAACCGGGGGAAAUUUGGGCGUUGGCGUUAAGUGCAGAUGGUCAAUUCCUCGCGGCGACGAAUGUAGAUGGGAAGAUCGGGGUGUGGGAUUUAUUGCUAUCGGUGGGAGAAUCGAAAGGGGAUAAUGCUGGGAAGAAGAGUGUGGGCAAGAAAAUUCGGGAGUAUGAGACGAAGGGUAGCUUUGGGUUGUGUGUGGAUAUUAGUGCGGAUGGUAGGUUCACGGCCAGUGGGCAUGAGAAUGGAGGAGUUUAUGUUUUUAAUAAUGAUACUGGGAGGAUGGUGCAUAGUUUACCUGGCCUGAUCCAACCAAUCCGCACCCUCUCUUUCUCCCCUCUCUCCACAUACCUCGCUGCCGCCGGCGACUCCUCAACCAUCGCUCUUUAUUCCGUCGCCCACGGCGAACAAGUCGCUAAUCUCACGGGUCAUACUGCAUGGAUUUUCAGCAUCGAUUGGAGUUUCACAGGUGAAUACUUGGCAAGUGGUGCUUGGGAUGGUAAAGUCAAGAUAUGGAGUGUAGAGGCAAGACAUUGUGUGGCAACGCAUAGUGAAACGGAUAAGGCACUUUGGGCUGUAAAAUGGUUGCCGAAGGUGCAGGGGAGGAGUGAGGCGUUUGUUACGGCUGGGGCGAAUGGAAGUUUGAGCUUUUAUAGAGAAGCUACGGGGGGUUGA